CUAUUCAGAACCCUUAACUUCUGCUAUCCUUUCCACCAACAAUAAUACUCUCUUUUUUUUCCUCUUCUUCUUCUUGUCCUUUGAUUUUAGACCAACUAAACAUAUCAACAAAUUAAAGUCUCUCUCUCUCUUUUUUUUUUUAAUAUCAAUUUUGUUGUCCAAAUGUUCAUCUCUUUGGGAAAACCCUAGACUAAAGAUUCCAAUCUCUUUUCUUCUAAAUAUUUCUUCAUUUUUUUUUUCCUUUUUCGAUUUGGGUAUGUUGGGUCAUUGAAUCUUGUGACUGCCAUGGCAGAUCUUUUGGGGAUCUGCAUAGAAGAGUUGCUUCUUGUAGCAGCUUUCAGGUAGCUGUGUCCAGCCUGCAUCAGAUGUUAUUAACUCACUACACACAAAACACCACAACAACAACAAAACGGCAAGCAUUUUGAAGAGCUAAACAAAGCAAGUGGGCAACAAAAACGGCACGCAAGUUUUCAUUCCAAGCUGAUUAAAAAAAGAAAAAUAACUCUUGAAAAUGUCAUUUUGAGAGGUAACAAAAAAUGGGACUUAAAGGUUAUAGCGUCGGAGAAGGAGGAGGAGAGAUAGUUGAGGUUCAAGGCGGUCACAUAAUCCGAGCCACGGGACGCAAAGACCGUCAUAGCAAAGUCUUCACAUCAAAGGGUCCACGUGACCGGCGCGUGAGACUCUCAGCUCAUACUGCGAUUCAGUUCUACGAUGUGCAAGACCGGUUAGGGUAUGACCGGCCUAGCAAAGCCGUAGAUUGGCUCAUCAAGAAAGCCAAAACCGCCAUCGAUAAGCUCGAAAUCGGGGAGACUACUACUACUAUUCGUCAAGAACCGGUGAAUACUAAACCGGAAUCUCCCAAUUUGGUGUUCCAAAGAGAAAACAAUGACCAAACGCAGCAAACACAGUUUGUAGCGGCCAAUCUUGACCCUGAAGACGCAAUGAAAACGUUCUUCCCGGCGACGACAACAACAAGCGGGGGUGGUACAAACAUGAAUUUCCAAAACUACCCUCAUCAUGAUGACGACAACAUGGUCUCAAGAACAACAACAACACCACCAAACCUUAGCCAAGAUCUCGGUCUCUCUCUUCACCCAUUCCAAGGAAACAACAACACAGUAGUAGUCCCUGAGACCAACAAUUUCACCACGAAUCAUUUCGACACAUUCGGGAGAAUCUCUGGAUGGAAUCAUCCCGACUUAACGAUGACGUCAUCAUCCUCAUCAGAACAUCAACAACAAGAACAAGAAGAAAGGAGUAACGGUGGUUUCAUGGUGAAUCAUCAUCAUCAUCAUCAGCAUCAACCGUCGAUGAUGACAUUACUUAAUAGUCAGCAACAACAAGUGUUUCUUGGUGGCCAUCAACAACAACAACAAAGGGGUACCCUUCAGUCCAGUUUAUUCCCUCAUUCGUUUCGUUCUUGGGAUCAUCAUCAAACGGUGUCGGAUCAUCAUCAUCAGAAUCAAGCUUCUUCGAUGUUUGCUUCAUCAUCACAGUUUGGUUCUCAUGGGAUGAUGAUGAUGCAAGGCCUUAGUUUCCCCAACACUACAAGGCUACUCCAUGGAGAAGAAUCUACUCAACCAAACUCUUCUUCUUCUCCUCCAAACUCACACCUCUAAAUUCAGACAACAAUGGAGGUUCUAAUUCAUCAUGACAUUGAACAAAAAGGAGGAAUUAAUGUGAGGAAUGGAGCUAGAGUACGCGAUAUAUUAAUUAGUAUACCAUCUAUCCAUAUAUUUAUGAUGCAAGACUAUAAUUACUCUUUUGGUGUUAUUGUUAUUAUUAUUCAAUUUUGCUUGUUUGUUUUUAUGAUCUUUGCAUUGAUCAUCAAGAUUAUGAUAUUGAAACUAGAUGGGUUCUAUGUGUGUUUUGGCUUUAGUAUGGCCUUAGGCUGGGAUAUUGUAAUCUCAUUUUUUGUUCCACGAGUUUAAUUUUCUGGUUU